ACAGCCUCGACUGCCAUCUCAGCACCUCGGGGUGCUGCCCCUGCCCUGGGACCCCACGCCAAGGCAGGAUGGAGGAUUUGGAUGCUUUGCUGGAAGAACUGGAGCAGAGCUCCUGCCUGGCCUCCAAGGACUGUGCACUGCAGGGACCAAGCUCCUGCCAGGAGCACGGUACCCUGAAGGUGCCACUGCCACCUCGAGCUCAACCUCCAGGAGAAGGUUUGGACUCAGUGUACAGCACUCCUGCACAAGUGCCAAAGCCGCUGCUCCCCUCACCCCCACGCACGGAGGCUGCAUCACAGCUGGAUGAGCUCCUGGCCGACCUGGGCCACACGCAGAGCAAGCUGGCAGUCGCAGGGCAGGGAGCCAGGGUGCCCACAGAGUCCGUGCUGGACAACAUGCUGGACAGCCUCACCCGGGACCUGCAGGAGCUGGGCAUCACGGCAGCACCUGCCGGCGUCUGUGCCUCCUGCCGCAAGCCCAUCGCCGGCAAGGUGCUCACAGCCCUGGGCAAAACCUGGCACCCCGAGCACUUCACCUGUGCCCACUGCGGGCGGGAGCUGGACAAGGGGCCCUUCUUCGAGCAGGGCGGGCGGGCGUUCUGCGAGGAGGAUUAUCGCCAAGCCUUCUCCCCACGCUGUGCCUACUGCGCCGGCCCCAUCCGUGAGAAAGUCCUCACGGCCCUGGAGCAGACCUGGCACCCCGAGCACUUCUUCUGUGCCCACUGCGGGAAGGUGUUCGGAGAUGAGGGGUUCCUGGAGCGCAAUGGGAAGCCGUAUUGCCACCAAGACUUCCUGGCCCUGUUUGCCCCCAAAUGCCAGGGCUGUGAGCGCCCUGUCAUGGACAACUACCUGUCGGCCCUGCAGGGUGUCUGGCACAGCGAGUGCUUCGUGUGCACGGAUUGCCUGACUGGCUUCAGUGGCGGCUCCUUCUUCGAGCUGGAGGGGCGGCCCUACUGCGAGCUGCACUUCCACCAGCGGCAGGGCACCAUCUGCCACGGCUGCAGCCGCCCCAUCACCGGGCGCUGCAUCACGGCCGCGGGGCGCAGGUACCACCCCGAGCACUUCAUCUGCAGCUACUGCAUGCGCCGGCUGCACAAGGGCACCUUCAGCGAGUGCGGUGAGAAGAUGUACUGCCAGCCCUGCCACGACAAGCUCUUUCUCUGAGCCUCAGCAUCAACAUGCCUGGCAUUGUCCCUGCUGACCCAAACAUGCCUCAAAUCCCACCCAUCAACAUCCCUGGCUCUGGUCCCACUCAGCCAACUGUCCUCAGCCUUGUUGCUGCCCAGCCAGGCAUCAUUCCUUGUCCUCCCCCCUC